AAUUAUUUCCCCUAGACUUAAAAACAAUUUCUACAUUUCGGCCCUUAAAUAUUUGGCUCCGUCUAUAUAACUCUCUCUGCGUUUCCACAUCCCCAUUGUUUUCUCUCUAUGAUUCUUGAUAUGGCUGCUGACGUCAGCUCUCUCGUACGGUUACUAAGCGGUUACAAAGAUGAUCGAGCGGUGGUUAAAGAUUCUGCCGGAGCGAAAUCCACGGCGGCGCUGAUGACUCGUGACCUUCUUGGAAGCGGUAUAGGAGGAGGUGAUCGGUCAUUAGAGCUUGACCUCGACCUUCAAGUCCCCACCGGUUACGAAAAACGUCUCGACUUGAAGUCAGGGAAAGUGUAUUUGCAACGAUGCAAUUCAACGAGCUCAUCGUCAAUAACAAACGCAGCAGAACAAUCCAAUCAAACAGUGCCGACGUUUCAGGAUUUGAAUUUUCCUCCGAAUUCUAGUAAUUCUCCUUUGUUGAACCUCUUUGACGACACGACAACCCCGGAACUGAAGCUACUUCCGUCGUCUCGUUAUCGUCCUCUAUCGAUAUCGCCGAACGCUAGUAAUUUCCAGAGUGUAUGCACACUCGACAAGGUGAAGUCAGCUCUGGAGAGAGCGGAGAGAGAUCCGGCUAUGUUCAAGAAACGUCAAUCGCCGGAUCAUUAUCGGACGGAGGUUGUUGCCUCACCGGUUGCGGCUGGAUGUCCUGGAUGUUUAUCGUAUGUUUUGGUGAUGAUGAACAACCCGAAAUGUCCGAGGUGUGAUACCAUUGUUCCUUUGCCUACAAAUUCUAUGAAGAAGAAGCCUAAGAUUGAUCUCAACAUAUCGAUCUGAAUCUUUUGGGGUUUAAUUGGAACGUUUUUCAUUUUUGGGGCUCUCGGUGUUGUAAAUGAUAGAUACCAAUUCAGGGGGUUUAUUUUGUAAAAUUUCAAAAAGAAAAAAAAAAAAAAAUUGAUGGAGAAAGAAGACUAGAAGGAUGUUAAUGGCAUUUUUGUAAAUGCUUUAGUUAGUUCAUUUGUAUUACGAUAAUUAUUAAUGUUACAAUUUAAUUGUGGCUC